CCAGUUGGAUCACGAAAGCAGCAACGAAAACACAAGAAGGAAAAAUGGCAGAAGUAGCACCAGCGCCAGCCGCCGCUCCCGCUAAACCAGCGAAGAAAAAGGCUUCCAAGCCCAAGAAGACCGGCCCUAGCGUCAGCGACCAAAUCCUUAAAGUAGUGACCGCUUCCAAAGAAAGGAAAGGCGUGUCACUGGCUGCCCUGAAGAAAGCUCUAGCUGCAGGAGGAUAUGAUGUGGAGAAGAACAACGCCCGCGUUAAGAUCGCCAUCAAAAGCCUGGUUUCUAAGGGCACCCUGGUUCAGACUAAGGGCACCGGCGCUUCUGGUUCUUUUAAGCUAGGCAAGAAAACCACUGAGCCCAAGGCUAAGAAGCCAGCGAAGAAAGCCGCUCCUAAAGCCAAGAAGCCCGCCGCUGCCAAAAAACCUGCGGCAGCGAAGAAGGUUAAGGCAGCAAAGAAGCCCGCAGCCGCAAAGAAGUCUCCCAAGAAGGCUAAGAAACCAGCUGCUGCCAAGAAGCCCGCAAAGAAAGCCGCGAAGAGCCCGAAGAAGGCCGCUAAAAGCCCGAAGAAGGUGGUCAAGAAGGCGCCCGCAGCUAAGAAAUCCCCGGCAAAAAAGGCUGCCAAGCCUAAAGCCAAAAAGACCGCAGCCAAGAAGAAGUAAGCUGUCCUCGCUGUUACGUUUGAACUCAAAGGCUCUUUUAAGAGCCACCACAAUGCUACAAGAGCCUGUUCCUAAAGCCAUCAGGUUUACAGAUUUAUUGUUAAACGUGUAGCAGACAGUGCCCAAAGAUAAAUGGAGUCUAGAGGGGAAUCAAAUCUCUUUACAUCUGCUAUUAUAUUGUUUUUAAUUUAAUUAUUACUCGCACACACGCCAGCUAGCGCUUAUUUAGCACAUGCUGAUUUUGAAGUUGGUAAUGUCAGUUUUCAAAAAUGCAGAAACCGUAUGGGGGGAAAUUGUAUUAUUAAAAAGAGCUUUUAGAAAUUUGAGCAUCUACAAAAUAUCAGAUUAAUUUACUUCAGUGCUGAAAACACUAAAAAUGAUAUUUCUAAUUUUUUAAAUGCUAUAAAUAAACUACUAAAGUCAUUCAAAAACUCCAUAGCCUACUCAUAACUACUGGCAAAGUGACCUCUUGGCUCCGCCCAAUGAAAACCGCUGUCAUUGGCUUUCUAUUACGUCCGCACAUCAGACAGCAAGUGGUGAGACCUUCAUUUGACUUGGUAUUGAAACAACUGAGCAAGAUGAAAAGGGGUGUGCUGUGACUCGUAACAUGGAAUCACGUCCUUAUUCUACAGAGAGUAAAGAGUAAUAUGCGAUUUAAAUAUAAUGAAUUAGAAAAUACUAGCUACAGGUGUAAUGAAUAAUGUUUGAAGGUGGGUAGCAAAGUGAACUAAAUAAAUACAUCCUUAAAGAAUUAAAUGGGUCAAUUAAUUAAAAUAGGAAAUAAAUGCAUUUAAUUAUUAUGUGUGCUGGGGACAUAAGAGAAAUUUUAAAUAAAACGAAUGUCCAUUCAAUGUCCAUUUAGUGAUGUAUUUAUUUUCUUUAGUUUUGCACCCAUGGCCUUCCAUGCAGAACCACUGUGUCCAGGCUUGGUUCCUCUGAACAGAGUCCCAUGUUCAUUGACUUCCUGAGCUACAUUCAGUACAUCACUGCUUCAGUCCUAUAAGGAAUUUAAACAUUGGCUUGGUUUGUGCUAUAUUUGGGUGAUUUUUUGUGUGCAAAACAGCGAGACAGUGUACAACAUAACAGACAUGGAGCCACACAGG